CGUAGUUGUGGUAGUUGUGGUGAUCAUAUUGCUGCUGGUGAAUUGGUAAUGCGAGCAGGCGAGUGCGUUUUUCAUGAACAGUGUUUUGUCUGUGUAGUGUGCGGUAUACGUCUAUGCACUGGUGAUCAGUACGUAAUCAAGCAUUCUCAGUUAUUUUGUCGUCCAGAUUAUGAGAAAGAGGUGAACAUGAUGCGAGACGAAAUCAAUCGAAACACAGGAGAUUGGAGUUAUAACCACGAUGGUCGYCGUGGACCUAAGCGUCCCAGAACGAUACUUACUACCCAACAACGACGGGCGUUCAAAACAUCAUUUGAACUAAGCCCAAAACCGUGUAGAAAAGUUAGAGAAAGUCUUGCGCACGAUACAGGCUUAAGUGUUCGCAUUGUCCAGGUUUGGUUUCAAAAUCAAAGAGCAAAAAUGAAAAAGAUCCAAAAAAAAGCAAAACUUAAUAGUAACAGUUUAGUCACCACAUCAAAUAAUACUAAUGGAAAUAAUAAUUGUAGUGGAGCUGAAAGUGGUAAUUCUUGUAGUUCGAGUGGACUACUUCAAUCAGCUAUAAAAGACGAGCAAUAUAACUUGAACAACCGCCAAGAACCAAAUUACAUAACACCAGACAUUAUGUUACCUAAACACAUUUAUGGUGGUUUCGUAUCACAGGAGACUGUUAUCCGAUGUGGUUCAAAUCCUAUUGAUCGGUUGUACUCAAUGCAAGCAUCAUAUUUUUGUAACAAUAUAUCUGAUGACACUAGCUCAUUACAGCUAGAAGAACACCAAUCAUAA